AUGACCAUAAUGCUUGCUUCCAGCCGAGGAACGGCACUGAGGCAGGCUUUAGCCUCCUCGCCGGCUACGACGAUACCUGCCUUUCUGGCACCGGCCUCGCAACCUUUGCCCCGACGUUUAUUUUCCUCGACACCGACGCGACCAUCGAAGCUCGGCCGGACGCCCCUCUCGAUCCCGCCAGGCGUGGAGGUGCUAGUUGGCGAGCCAAAGCUGAAGAAAGACCCUACAAGCUACUUAAAAGUUUACAAGAGAACGGUUUCCGUCACGGGACCUCUGGGCAAGCUAGAUCUUGAAAUCGAACCGUUUGUGAAAAUUGAACAAGAUGCUGAAUCCAAGAGCGCAAUUCUCUCAGUCGAAGACUCCAACGUUAAGGAGCAGCGCGAGAUGUGGGGUACUACUUGGGCUUAUCUCCAACGAUACAUCAUGGGUGUCUCUGAGGGUCACACAGCCCUUCUCCGCCUAGUUGGUAUCGGCUACCGUGCGUCCGUCGAACAACGCGGCGGCAAGGAGGAAUAUCCUGGCCAGAAGUUUCUCUGUCUGAAGCUUGGCUUUACGCACCCCAUUGAGAUGGGAAUUCCUGAAGGCGUCAAGGUCACCGCGGCGUCGCCGACACGUAUCUUGCUCGAGGGCAUCGACCGAGAGACAAUCAUGAGUUUUGCAGGACGGGUUAGGAAGUGGCGGCCACCUGAGCCGUACAAGGGCAAAGGCGUCUUCAUCAACGAUCAAACGAUCAAGCUGAAGCAGAAGAAGAUCAAAUAA